AUGGCGACGGGCGACACGGAGAAGGAGGAGGCGGCGGCCAGCGCCUGCACCCUGUACCGAUGCAUCUGCUGCUGGCAUCGUCUCUGCUCUCCCCGUAUCCCGCGCGUCGUCCCCGGCAGGGACUUCGUCUGCAUCCCGGCUGGCGCGGAUGACAGCCCCGCGUGGUCGCUGCUCGUCGGCCUCCUCUCCGCAUCCAUCCCUAUGAUCUUCGAAGACAGCCUCCUAGGCCUGCACCGGUUCCGCGUCGCGCGAUCCGGUCGAAUCCUCGGCCGGAGCGACGAUGCCCUCGACACCCUGUGCACCGUCGAAACCACCAAGGGCUGCAGCGGCAUCGCCAGCGCUACCGCCGCGCUGACCCCCGACGGCCGCUCGCUAUGCCUCUUCUCCGAGCAUCUGGAUCCCGGCAAGUACUCGGCGACCCCACGAGCCCAGCAGCUGCGGCUCGCCCAAGAAGCCACCGCCAUGUCCGAGCUGCCUCGCCUGCCGCAGGACACUUGCAUGCAUUGCCGCCCCGUCUCGGCCGCCGGCCACCUCUGGGCUCCAUACGUCUACUUGGAGUAUGUAGGCAAGUGCGUCCUCGGGAUGCAACGCUUCCGCAAGGACGCUGACCGGUGGGAGCAGGCCGGGGACACCUUCCCCUUCCACUACAAGAGCCAAAUGACCAAACUGUGGAAUGGCGACUUCUUGCAGGGAUGCGCCGUUCUCCCCGACGACACCAUCUUGGUGUCGCUGCGACCAGCUCAGGGCGUCUUCUUAACCUUCAAUUGCUCCGAUUGCACCUGGACCGUGGUCACCACCUCAGAGAACACACAGACGGCCUACGUUCCCAUCCUGGGCCCUGGUGUGUACAUACAAGGAGAUGAUGAGAAAGAUGAUGGCGGCGCCGUCUACUUCCUCGUGACAAUCGCGUCUAUGCCUACAAGCUGCGCUAUUUACCAGGACCAGGAGGAUCAGCGAAGAAAGCUCAAGCUGGAGCCGCCUACCACUAUCGACUCUGACUGUCCUUUCUACGAUGAAGGCUAUGGUUUCCUCGCGCACCUGGGCGGUCGACUCAUGUGCUCCGUCUGGAUCGGGGUGGACCUCCAGUGCUCAUGUGACCAUCUGCACGCCAUCAUCUCCACCUUCAGAGUUAGACCAACCAGCGCUCGGCAGAAAGGCAUCGAUAUACUGCAUUCCACCUGCCGCCUCUUGGAUGUGCUCUCUGUUGGACUACAACCGACCCAUGAAUUCUGCUUCCUACAGGAGUAUGAGGACCAGAAUGGCAUGCCGCCUGCAAUGCUGGAGUAUCCAACCAGCUCUCCCGUCAUAGAAUCCUCCAAGAUGCUUGAUUGUUGCAGCAAUUUUCUAUCUGUAAAGCCGGGACAUUACGAGUUUGAGGAGCCUCCUGAGGACCCAGCAGUCCAGAUCAACAAGGACCUAUAUAUUAUUUGCGAAGCUCACUUGCAGACAAUUGUGUAUGUUGCCAAAAUAGAGAACGGAAGGGUUGGAUCUCAUGAUAAACUACUCACGCAAAAGCAUGCUCUGGUCUUAUCUUACGACACUGAUGAUUAUUACCUUGUUCGGUAUCGGUCUCCCCCGUGGCACCUCAUCUUCAGCAGCCGCAGCUCCGGUGUAUAUGCUGUCUCUAACACACAAGAUGGCAUAGAUGCAUACGGUCCAACUGAGGAGUCCAAGUUGUUUCCAUGCACGGAAACUCCUGCUCCUGACCCUUUCUCUAUGGUUCUUGAGGUUGGUAACAGGAUCGUCGCGCUGAGCGAGACUCUCGGUGUUUCCUACCACGAUGGAUCCAAAUGGGUGUGUUGCAGGCACCGCGCAGAUGAAUCUCUUGCUUUGAACAGGAAGGUUGCCCUGUCCGGAUAUGCGGUCCUGGGUGACAAUUCCUUCAUGGUUUCGGAGGCCGGCACAGGUGAAUUUGGUUGUUCAAAAAACCUUCCUGGCAACCUUUCUCGCAGCCACGAUGUACACAUCACAACUGUUCAGGUGAAGACUGAAAGAACACACGGAGGCAAAAGGAGGCCAGAGAGAAUUGACCAUGUGGAUAUCAGCACGUGUUUCAUCGAGCAUGAUGCAGCACUGGUCUGGACCAAACGUUGUUUUGCGGUUGAGUCUUCCUGA